AUGGGAAGGAAGUCCAAUCUAUCGUCAUGGCUAUACCUAGGAAUUGCUCUUGCUAAGUUCUUCCUCUUCCUUCAACCAGCCGUCGCUCUUACCAGUGGACCAAAGAAUGCUGGCCGACAAACAAGAACCCAACAAGACCUAUCACAAAGUGGUGAAAAGACACCACCCUCUCAUUUGCAAGUGAAAAUUGCUUCUAGUAUCACCAAAGGAGAACGACGCAAAGAAGAACGACAAUCCAAAACCCGGAAUCUAUGUCCAGGCUGUGAUCGACCCCCUGUCAUUUGCGUAUGCGAUGCCUUGCCGCCCGAAAAGCUGUCGACUCGAACGCAACUAUUGGUACUCCAACAUCCCAAUGAAUUUCGCAAGAAAACUUUUUCGACCGUCCCACUUAUGUCUCUGGUGCUGGAAAAUGUGCAAGUACAACGAGACUAUCAAUUUGAGGUCAAGGGCUUGCAAAUUGUCCAGGAAUGUCUAGAUCGAGGACAACGACCAUUGUUGCUGUUUCCCGGAGAUGAUGCCAUUUCGUUGGAUGGGUUUGGCAAUCUUGAAGACGACGAGAGCAAACAAGAAGCGAAUAUGGUAGACAUGGAUGCAAACCUGAUCCAAACACUGCAAGAAAUCCGGAAGCAAGACAAUCUACUCAUCGUUAUGGACGGCACUUGGGCAGAAGCAAAGAGGAUGGCACUAGGUUCAGAAGACCUUGUAAAUGCUUGUCAGCAAGUACAGUUCACUGCCCCAGCAUCUUGUUUGUAUGAUGCCAUCCGCAAAGAACCAGAGGGACACUGUCUCUCUACACUAGAAGCCUGUGCCCAAUCAUUGGUUUUGUUGGAAGGAGCCCGCGAGACUGCCACCUAUCUCAAAGGAGUCUUGCAACACAUGGUAAACAUUCAACUGACCAUGGAGCGAAAUCGACAGGAUGAUCCUCGACAAAAAGGAAAGCAACUGUAUGAACGUAACAAACGUCGGCGACGAGUCGAAAAGACUCUCUUUGAAAAACCAAAGCCACAAACAUUACAAGACGGUGCCAUUCUCCGACCGCUGGCUGUCAACGAUGCCAAACACAUUCACUAUAGUUUGUGUCACAAAUCACGGACUAGCUUGUUGCGAACGACCCAAGACUGUCUGGAGGAGGGAUUGGCUUGUUUUGGCAUUGAAAACAAGGAUGGACACUUGUGCGCACAUAUUGUCCGUUCUCGCGAUGGAACCUUGGGCAUGCUUCACGUGGAAACAGAAUACCGACGGAAGGGAUACGGGAGACUGUUGGUACAAGAAGCGUCAAAAGUUUUGAAAGAACUAGACAAACCUUGUGUUUGCUUUAUCCAAAAAGGAGAUGAGGCAGCAGAAUCACUCUUUUGUGGCUUGGGUUGGAUUGUUUCAGAGCAGGGAGGUGUCAAAUCUGGAACUCCAAGUGCAGCAAAGCAAAGAUGGGUGCUACCUUCAAGUGGAUAG